AUGUUAAAUACAACAACAGAUUUGAACGAUUUAUGUUUAAAUGGUUCUAAUAGUACAGAAAAGAAAUAUAAAGAAAGAAGUAGUAUAGAGUCAUAUAAAAAUAAUAUAGAUAGAUAUCCAAUUAAUAAUUUGAAUGAAAAUAUGAAAGCUGAUAAUUCAUUAGAAGAAAAAAAUUCAUCAAAAAUUUUACAUGAACAUCUAAAUGGGAUGAACAAAGAAGUAAAUGCUAACUACCAAAAAGAAUAUAUUAAUGUAAAUAAUAAUAGUGAUGAUAUAAAUAAUAAGUGUAUUAUUAGGGAUCUAAAUAGUAUAAAUAUUAAUGGAAAUUUAAAUGAAAAUAUAAAUGAAAAUAGUACUGAAAAUAUAAGUGAAGAUUCAAUUAAAAGUGAACAUAAAAAUACAAAUGCGAACAUAAAUAAGAAUGAAGAUACAAAUAAAUGUGAGAAUGCAAAUACAAAUAAAAACGUAAAUUUAAUUGAAGUUGCAAAUGAAAAUGAUGAUAAAUAUGUAAAUAUAAGUGAAAAUUCAAAAAUAAAUGAAAGUGCAGAUAAUGUAAAUAUAAGUGAAAAUGCAAAAACAAACGAAAAUGAAGAUAAUUAUAAUUUAACUAAUUAUGUUGAUACAGAUGAGAUAUACAUAAAUAACAAUAUACAACAGAAUAACAUGGAAAAAAUAAAUUAUUCAGAAAAAUUAUCUAAUAAUUAUUCAUUAGAAAAAAAUGAAAAAAAAAAUGACCUUUUAUUAGUAAAUUCAACUAAUAAAGAAAAAGAGGAUAUAUGUUCUUAUGAAGAAAAAUUGAGUAUUUCUUGUAGAUUUUUUAUUAAUACUUCAAACCCAUAUGAUUCAGAUAUUAGAAUAAUAAAAGAAAAUUGCUUAACUAUAUUUCAAUUAUUAUAUACAGAAAAAAAAAAAUGGUGUUCCUUCUAUAUAUGUACUCAUAAUGGUCCAAUGUCAAAUUUUAAUUAUCAUUUAUAUAAAAUUUUAUGUAGUAAAGAUGAUAUAUAUAUGUACUUUUUUUUAUUCAAAAAGUUUAUAUUUUCAUGCUACAUAUAUUUCAAUUUGGUAAGUAUUAAAAUAUUUUCUACUUCUAUAAAUAAAGAGGAAAAAAAAUUUAAUGAUUUUACAAAAAUUCCUAAUAAGAAAAGUUUUAUAAAUUGUGAAAAAAAUUACAAGAAUGAAGAAAGUAAUUUACAUAUAAAUAAGGAUGACCAUAUUCAUAUGAAGAAUGAGGAAUUAAAAAAAACGAAGCAAACUGAAGUAAAAGAACCUUUAUCCUCCAAUGAAAAUAAUUUAAAUUUCGAAAACAGAAAGGAGUUAAGUAGCAUAUAUAAUAAUAAUAAUAAUAAUGAUACUACUACUACUACUAAUAAUAAUAAUGAUAAUAAUACUACUACUACUAAUAAUAAUAAUGAUAAUACUACUACUAAUAAUAAUAAUGAUAAUAAUAAUACUGCUACAACUAAUAAUGAUAAUAAUAAUAGUGAUAAUAAUAAUAAUGAUAAUAAUUAUAGUGAUAAUAAUAAUAGUGAUAAUAAUAAUAAUAAUGAUAAUAAUUAUAGUGAUAAUAAUAAUUAUAAUAAUGAUAAUGAUAAUGAUAAUACUACUACUAAUAAUAAUAAUGAUAAUAUUAAUAAUGAUAAUAAUAAUAAUAUUAAUAAUGAUAAUAAUAAUAGUGAUAAUAAUAACAAUACUGCUACUAAUAAUAACCAUAAUAAUAAUAAUAUUAAUAAUGAUAAUAAUACUGCUACUAAUAAUAAUGAUGAUAAUAAUAAUAAUAUUAAUAAUGAUAAUAAUACUGCUACUAAUAAUAAUGAUAAUAAUAAUAGUGAUAAUAAUAAUAAUAUUAAUAAUGAUAAUAAUAUUAAUAAUGAUAAUAAUAUUAAUAAUGAUAAUAAUAAUAUUAAUAAUGAUAAUAAUAACAACUAUAAUAAUAAUACUACUAAUAAUAAUAAUGAUAAUAAUAAUAAUAAUAUUAAUAAUGAUAAUAAUAAUAGUGAUAAUAAUAAUAAUAUUAAUAAUGAUAAUAAUAGUGAUAAUAAUAAUAAUAAUAUUAAUAGUGAUAAUAAUACUGCAACUAAUAAUAAUGAUAAUAAUAAUAAUAAUAAUAAUGAAGAAUUUCAAAUUUUAAAUUUUUUAUAUGAUCCAUGUAAGCAUUUAUAUGGAAAUAAACUUAAUAUUUGUUCAAGUUAUUUAAAUUUUUUUGAUAUGAACCAAUCAGAUAUAAAAAAAAAAUUACAAUUAUUUAUUAAUACUCACUCACCAACUAUGAUAAAUAUUACAAAAAAAUGGAAUUCUUUUUAUUUAAAUAAAAGUAAGAUUUGCUCUUUUGUAGAAAAAUAUAAGGAUAUAAAAUUUUCUUCAUUUGAUAAUUUUAAAAAAGAUAGCACAGAGAAAUUUAUUAACUCAUUUGUUGAAACUUUUUCUUUUAUAAAAAAUUUUAAAAAUAAACAAACUAAAGAAAAAAAUGAAAAAGAAAAAGAGAAUGAGGAGCAAUAUUCAGAAAAUAAAAAUAUUUUAAUUAAAGAUGAAAAAAAAAAUAAUAUUACUUCAAAUUAUAAGGAUGAAAAGAGUUAUGACAAAAAUCUUGUUUUAAAUGAAAGCACGGAAAAUGAAAAUAUAACAUUAAAUAAUAUAAUUGAUGAAAACAUCAUAAUAGAAUCACAAGAUAGUAAUGUGCAACUUGUAAGUUAUAAUGUAACUAAUUUUCACGAAAUCUCCAAUAAUGUGGAUAAUUUGAUAAUUAAUGAAAAUAAAACAAUUGAGAACAAAGAUGGAGAUGAAAAUCAAAAUUUAAGUAUGAAAGAUGAGAUUCAAGAUAAUACAUUUAAUAAAAGCAGUAAUGAAAAAAUUGAAUCCUCUGAAAAUAACACCAAUAAAGAUGAUUACAGCAAUAAGAUUAAAAGUUCAAAUAAUAAUAAUAAAAACAAAAUGGACGUAAAUAACAGUAUUAAAAAUAAAGAAGAUUUGAGUAAUAGUAAAAAUCACAACAUUAUAAAUAACAAUGUUACAAAUAAUAAUAAUAACAAUAACAUUGAUGACUUAGUUAACAAUAAAAUUAAUAUUGAAAAUGUGAAUGAAAAUAAUUAUAAUGGUAGCAACAUAAAUGAUGAUAAGAACGAUGAUAACAUAAUUAAAAUUAGUAAUAAUAAUAGUAACCAUAAUGAAAGCGUUAGCAAUAAUAAUAUUGAUAGAAUAAAUGACAAUUUUUUUAACAUAAACAAUGAAAAAAUUCCGGAGAUUAUAUGUGAUAAUUAUACUCAUGAUAUAAAUAAUAAUAAAAGUGAAAAUACGAAAGAAAAUAUUUUUGGUGAUACAAAAGAGAAUGCUAUUAAUUAUGUAGAACGAGAAAGUAAAGAAAAUAUACUAGAAUUAAAUGUGUUAAAUAAAAAUUGUUUACCUAAUAAUAUAAUUUUGAAUAAUUUAAAUAUAUUAAUCACAGACUUAAAUGAAUUGUACAAUUACUUAGAAAAUUCUAAAGAUAAAACGAUAAGACUGGACACAAAUUAUUUAUUAAAAGAAGAAAACAAUGAAAAUAAAAACAGUAUAUUUACCACGAAAGAAGGAAAUAUAAAUAUUUUACAUCAAGAAAUUAUAUCAGAUAAAGAAAAAUAUCAUAAAAAGAACGAAUAUUUUAAUAUAGAAAUAUCAUCUGUAGAUUUAAGAAGUUUUUGUUCUGUAUGUUCAGGAAUUCAGUACGAUAAUUUUGAAAAUAGCUUUAAUCAAGCAGAAGAAAAUAAUUAUAAAGAGUUUGAAGUAUUUAUGAAAGAAAGUGACUUUUUUUGUAAUUGUAAUAAUAUUAAUAGCUAUCACAGUGAAUUAUUAAAUGAAAAUUAUAACUACAAGGUUUGCUUUAAUGGGGACCAACCGAACGAAGAAUAUUAUACGAUAAAAAAAGAUGAUAUAAAGAGAAUAAAUGGAAUAAAAGAUGAACACAUAAAUAUGAAUACUGAAGAAGACAUGAGAGAAGAAGAAAAAAAAAAUGGAAAAAAUGAACUUAAAAAUAAAUGUAUAGCAAAAAAUAAAGAUAAAAUAUGGGUACAAAGCAAGGAUUUAGAAAAAAAACCCUUAACAAGUAGAGAGUUACGAAAUAUAAGAAGAAACAAAAUAGCUAAAAAUCAGGAGGAUCAAAAAAAUAAAUCAUUGAAAUCUACACAGAAUUUUGAUAUAAAGUCACCAAGAGUUAAAAAAUUGGAAAAAUUUACAAAUGUUGAUCAAGAAGAGCUUAGAGAGGUUUUUGGUCCAACAGGAGUUUCAGGUGUUUACUUUGAAAAAAGUAGAAGCAGUUGGACUGCUCAAUAUAAGGUCAGUGGUGGAAAAAGAAGAGCAAAAAGAUUUUUAGUUACAAAAAAUAUGACAUAUGAAGAAAUAGAAAAUGUGAAACAACAGUGUAUUGCAUAUAGAAAACAAAUGGAAAAGGAAUACGUAAAAGAAUUUUUAAAUGAAGAAAAAAAGAAAGCGAAUAAUAUAAAUUGCUCCAUAAGAAAACCCAAAAGAAGAAGAAAAAUAAAAAAUUUUUAUGAAUGUUAA